GCGCGGUCGCUUUUUUAUUUACUCGCUCCCUCGACAGCUCGUCAGCUCCGGCAGCUCGGGUGUGUGUGCGCAUGCGUAAAGAAAGAUAAUUCAGAAGCAGCGCAAAAGUGAAGAUUUUCUUUUUUCGGAGCCAGAGCUGCGCAUGCGUGAACCGUAGGCCAAUGAAAAUAAAAGUGAAAUCCUUGUGAAUCAGUGGCAGGACUGCAUCUCGGCCAGAUCCACUUGCAGUGACGGCGGCCAAACAACAAGCUGUCAUAAGUCCGAAAGCGAAAGUGCAACUACCCCGUGGAAAGUGAAAGUCCGCUUGAAAGUCCUCUCUGCAGUUGGCUGGCCAUGUCGCUGCCAAGGCACUCCAAGGACACCUGGCUGCGGCUGGUGUGGUUUGGAUUAUUGGUUACGAUAGAAGUUCAUGGCCUGGGCUAUCCCAGUGCCCAGCAGGAGCACGACAUGCUCAUCCUGGACGCCCUGUCGCGACGCAGUGGCACUGGAUACUAUGGCGAGAACAGCGUGAUGGAGAUGCUUUCCCGAAUGAUACCGCAAUCGUGCCGCUUUCGUGGCCACAAGUUCGAGUGCGGCCUGUCCAUCUCAUGUGUCUUGGGCGGCGGCAAGCCGCUGGAUCUCUGCUCCGGCGGCAUGAUCUGGUCGUGUUGCGUGGACAAAGAUCUCGAUGCGGAGGAGAGUCCGCAUGCAGCUCCGGUCAACAACACGAGUGAUAUAAUACACUUGCAUGACAUUUAUCCCGACCUGUCGAUGAAUGCAAACAAGCCGCAGCACCACCUGCACCACCACAGUGGCAACGGCCUGUCAGCGGCCUCAUCCACCACAUCAACCGCUUCCUCCUCAGCACGGCCGGCUUAUCCCAGCUACGGUCACUACAGCACCAAACGACCGACAUUGUACAGUGGCUCCAAUCCUUACAAGCCAGGAUCCUCCAGUCGACCCUCGUCAGCAACAGCUUCCAACCUUAAUAGCUGGGAGCACGAAUCAGGCGGCCAUCCCAUCAACGGGAUCACCAAUCACCUGGAUAGCUUCUUCGAUGCAGAUGCCCCGCCGCCGUUGGAUUCAGCCGGAGUGGGAUCGGGGCCACCGCCCCAUGAGCCGCUACCCAAUGCCCAGGCCUUCGCGGUGGGCAAUGUCCUGGACCUGAAUGCCGGCGAGGCGGCUGAUGAGUACCAGAGUGGCUACCACGAUGCCAGCUAUCGUCCAGUGCCGGGCUGCGGCGAGGUCUACACUCGAUCCAAUCGCAUCGUGGGCGGGCACUCCACUGGUUUUGGGUCGCAUCCCUGGCAGGUGGCUCUAAUCAAGUCGGGUUUCCUCACCCGAAAGCUCAGCUGCGGCGGUGCCUUGAUCUCUAAUAGAUGGGUUGUCACAGCUGCCCAUUGUGUGGCCACCACCACCAAUUCCAAUAUGAAGAUUCGCCUGGGCGAAUGGGAUGUCCGGGCGCAGGAGGAGCGACUUAACCACGAAGAGUACGGCAUCGAGCGCAAGGAGGUGCAUCCCCACUACAAUCCCGCUGACUUUAAGAACGAUGUGGCUUUGAUACGUCUGGACAGGAAUGUGGUCUACAAGCAGCACAUUAUUCCCGUGUGUCUGCCGCCGCCAGCUACCAAGCUUACUGGCAAGAUGGCCACCGUGGCUGGCUGGGGACGAACACGCCAUGGCCAGAGCACUGUACCCUCAGUGCUGCAGGAGGUGGACGUGGAGGUGAUCUCCAACGAUCGCUGCCAGCGCUGGUUUCGUGCGGCGGGUCGGCGAGAGGCCAUUCAUGAUGUGUUCCUGUGCGCCGGCUACAAGGAGGGUGGUCGCGACUCGUGUCAAGGCGACAGCGGCGGGCCGCUAACGCUGACCAUGGACGGCCGUAAGACGCUAAUUGGUCUCGUGUCCUGGGGCAUCGGUUGCGGGCGGGAGCACUUGCCCGGCGUCUACACGAACAUCCAGCGCUUUGUGCCCUGGAUCAACAAGGUGAUGGCCAACGACAAGGCGUAGUCCACUCCAUCAUCAUCAUCACCGACCCACAAAACCGGAAGACUGCAGUCACCGCUCGAGGAGUUCUGCAGUCGUGUGCGUCCGCUGCGGAGUUGGAGAUGAAGCUCCCAGCCAGGCCAUGUGAUUCCUCUACGACUCGGGGUUGCUAGUGUGUAAUUUAUUGUAUUUAUUUUAACUUUAUUCCACUCCAGGGGAUCUCCCAAGUCCCCGAAACCAGCUCACUUUGGUCGAUCCUUUCGGUCCUCUCGUUCGUUUCUCAUUGCAUUCCAAGCAUUCGGUUUAAGUUUUCGAUAUUUAUUACACUGCUCGACGAAAAGAUUCCUACAUUUGAGAUCACCUAACAUCUACUACAUACAUUCUUAUUUAUAAUUUUUAAUAAAAAGUAAUGAAAAAUUAAA